AGCAUUUAGGGUUCUUAAGACUUAGGGUUUAUGAGGUGGAGGGCGCUCGCCUCGCAUUCCACUGCCAGGCGCCUCUUCUCUUCGUCCUCCAUCCCAGCAUGCAUCAAAGGCGCCGAGGAUCAAAUUUUGGAGUCCUGGCAGAACAGCAAUAGCAGCAGCAGCAGCAGUUGCUUCCUCUCGCAAGCAUCGGACAGCAGUCACCCUCUGAUCCAGGGAAUUUCCAAGCUCCUCCAAACGCAGCCAGGAAAUCCAAAGUUUGCGACCACCGAUUUGCAGAAGCUCCACCUCAAGACCAACAAUCCGGCAACUCUCACGCUCCAGAGGCUGAGGAAGCGGCGAUGGAAGCAAGUGGUGGACAUGAAGCCGACGCAGUACUUGUAUCUCAUGUCCCAGUGGAUCAAAAAGGGAGGAGCGAUGAUCGGCCAGCCGAUGUUCCAGCAGAUGCUCAAAGUUGGCGUGGAACCCGUGGAUGCUUACACGACCAUGAUCCGACAUUUUGUCAGCCGUGCCAGGAAAGCUCUCAGCUCUCUCGAUGCUGCCGAGUCGCAAGAAUCACGCGAGGAAGAGGCUGAGAAAUGCAUGCUGGAGAGUCUCAAGUAUCUCCACGAGAUGAGAGAAAAGGGGAUCACUCCGAAUGGAAGCACUUACGAGCCGCUCGUUACUUGGUUCCUCGAGAACGAUAAAACUUCCGAGUUUGAGGAGAUUCUGGAGUGGAUCAAAGGCGAUGGACUCUCGUGCUACACCAGCCUUUUCAAGAGCUUUGGGAGGCUGGGGAGGUAUGCUGAUGCCGAGCGUUACUUCACUGACGUGCAAAAACUAGGCGUUGGUGAGGAGCUAAUGACUGAGUAUCUGGCUUCGUUUGUGCAGGGCAUCGUUAUAACCAGUAAGUUGGACGUCGCAAUUCAGCAAUGCGGACGAAUGGCUCGCACUUUCAAGGUGACGCCAUCUAGUACCACCUACAGCAUGCUUAUCAACCUCGCUUGCCGGUCGAGUCAAGUACGUGAGUUUCAUAUCGAUCAAGCACUGGAUCUAAUUCAGGAAAUGCACGAGAAGGGUGUGCAGCUGGGGUCUGAUGUUUUUCAGCCCCUCAUGAUAGCUUUUCUACACGAUUCGCAUCCUGAAGGGGUCUUUGAGCUGUUUGCGGCAAUGAAAAGAAUGAAUGUUCAGCCAUCAUACGAGGCUUACAAUUAUUUCCUUCGAGCGUCUGCAAAAGCUAACAACGUUGAGAAGAUGUUUAGUGCGCUACGUGAAAUGAAGGAGUUGCGCUUGCCACGCACAUCAGAAACAUAUAACGCCGUCAUCCAGGCCUUGGGGGCUUCGAGACAAUACCAUCGAGCACUUACCGUUCUGAAUGACAUGGAAAACGAUAGUGUGAAGCCAGAUUCCGGAACAAUGCUAGAACUGAUUACUUGCAGCCCGGACUCAGGAAAAGCGUUAGAGGUGUUCGAAAGGCUAAAAACUCUGGGAGUGAAGCCUACGGAUUCUGUGUAUGCAUCUCUUUUCAGUUCAUUGAUAAGAGACGGAGAACUGGAUAAAGCACUUGAGAUGCUUAAAGACCCUGAAGUCAGUUUCCGGAUUGGGAUAAAUGCAAAGAGCACUCUUCUUGACGGACUGGCUGAAGAAAAGCGCGUGGACGAGGCGCUUACGUGCUACGACGAUAUUUUACGUGAUGGCAAGACUCCAGACUUGUUCUCUGUUGGCAGUCUAGUCAGAGCGUUAGGAUAUGCAGGCAAGCUGGACAGGAUGUUUGAACUUGUUGACAAACACUCCAUGGACCCUGGCUCCAAAAAGAACGAUCGUUUUAGGAAGGAAAACAAAAUCAGGCUACUGAUGGUGGCCACAAAGGCAUGCGUGAUACACAACGAACUGGGGCAUUUGGAGACGUUUUUGCAAAAAGAACAAGAGUUUGAGUCAAGCAUCAUCUUUGAUUCGAUAAUUCUCGACAUCGCCAAUGGCGAAGACAAGACGUGCGAGUCCGCCUGGAGCUGGAAAGAUGGCUUUGCGUUGCGCAAAGUCAUGCUCAAGCUCAACAUCCCCCAGUCACGAAUUUUUCUAGAAGCUCUAAUGGACGGCUGCGUCGCAGUGAAGGAUGCGAACUACGCCGACGAAAUAGUGGAGCAAAUGGAGGCCGAUGGUUUACCUCUGAAUGGCUUCUCACUCGUCAGAUUACUCCGAGUUUACGUGGUGGCCGAGAAAGUCGAGAAAGCCGCGAGCGUCUUGAAACGUAUGAAGCGAUGCUUGAAAGACGAAGAUAUAUUUCUCCUAGCGGGACAGAUUCUCAACUCGGCAGAGCCGAGCUUCCAAAGGAAGGUUUUUGAGCUGCUAGAGCUUCCGGAGUGAAAAAAAAACUAAGCUAACGGGUGAUUUCAUGGCAGUGUAAAAAAACCAAGUGAUGGAAGUUUUUUACUUGCUCUUA